AUGAAUAAAUUUUUAACUCGUUGAGUAUUUUCCACUAAUCACAAAGAUAUCGGAACUUUAUAUUUAGUGUUUGGAAUAGGAUCCGGUAUGAUAGGCACAGCUUUAAGUAUGUUAAUAAGAUUGGAGUUAUCUGCCCCUGGUACUAUGUUAGGGGACGACCAUCUUUAUAAUGUCAUAGUGACGGCACACGCCUUUAUUAUGAUUUUUUUCCUAGUAAUGCCAGUAAUGAUAGGAGGGUUUGGUAAUUGGUUAGUGCCACUAUAUAUUGGCGCCCCCGAUAUGGCCUUCCCACGACUAAACAAUAUUAGUUUUUGGUUACUUCCUCCCGCGCUUAUACUAUUAUUAGGCUCUGCCUUUGUUGAGCAAGGAGUAGGAACAGGGUGGACAGUUUAUCCUCCUCUUUCUGGCAUUCAAACGCACUCGGGAGGGGCGGUCGACAUGGCCAUCUUUAGUCUUCAUUUAGCGGGUGCGUCUUCUAUAUUAGGGGCAAUGAAUUUUAUAACAACCAUAUUUAAUAUGAGAGCCCCGGGAUUAACGAUGGAUAGACUCCCACUAUUUGUGUGGUCCAUUUUAAUCACUGCCUUUUUAUUAUUACUCUCCCUACCAGUUUUAGCGGGUGGAAUAACCAUGCUUUUAACAGAUAGGAAUUUUAAUACAACUUUCUUUGACCCAGCAGGGGGUGGAGAUCCCAUCUUAUUCCAACAUUUAUUUUGGUUUUUUGGGCAUCCGGAGGUUUAUAUUUUAAUUCUUCCAGGAUUUGGAAUGGUAUCUCAAAUUAUACCAACCUUUUCUGCUAAAAAUCAAAUUUUUGGAUAUUUAGGCAUGGUAUAUGCCAUGUUAUCUAUUGGAAUAUUAGGCUUUAUUGUGUGGGCACAUCACAUGUUUACGGUUGGAAUGGAUGUUGACACAAGGGCUUACUUCACUGCAGCGACUAUGAUUAUAGCUGUUCCAACUGGGAUAAAGGUGUUUAGUUGAUUAGCCACCAUUUAUGGUGGGGCUAUUAGGCUAGACACACCUAUGCUUUGGGCCAUAGGGUUUGUCUUUCUUUUUACAAUAGGAGGCUUAACCGGGGUAAUUUUAGCUAAUAGUUCGUUAGAUAUUGUUUUACAUGACACCUAUUAUGUUGUAGCCCAUUUUCAUUAUGUUCUAUCAAUGGGGGCUGUUUUUGCUAUAUUUGGUGGGUUCUAUUAUUGGUUUGGGAAAAUAACUGGCUAUUGUUACAAUGAGCUUUAUGGUAAAAUCCACUUCUGGUUGAUGUUUAUUGGGGUUAAUUUGACAUUUUUCCCUCAACAUUUCUUAGGCCUGGCGGGAUUUCCAAGGCGAUAUUCUGACUUUGUCGAUGGUUUCGCGGGCUGGAAUCUUGUUAGUUCCUUAGGAUCGACCAUUUCAAUUGUGGGUGUACUAUGGUUUGUAUAUAUAGUAUAUGAUGCCUAUGUUCGAGAGAUAAAAUUUAUUAAUUGAGUAGAGAAUACUGGGUCUAGUUGGGCCUCUUUAGAAUGGGUUCAACCGUCCCCGCCUUUGUCUCAUACUUAUAAUGAAUUACCUUUUGUUUAUGGGCCUUAUCGAUCUUAA